CUGGAGGCGAAGAUCGCCGAGUGGCGCGGCCUGGCCACCGACGCCGGCGCAACCUACGACCGCACCGUCGUCAUCAACGCCGGCAACCUGGCCCCCUUCGUGACCUGGGGAACCAAACCCGACAUGGUGGCGCAGAUCACUGACCGCGUGCCGGACCCCGCGUCAUUCGCAACCACCGCCGAGCGCGAAGCCGCCGAGCGUGCCCUGGAGUACAUGGGCCUGGAGCCCAACCAGGCCAUCGAGGACAUCAAGAUCGACCGCGUGUUCCUCGGCGCCUGCACCAACGCCCGCAUCGACGACCUCCGCGCCGCCGCCAACGUCAUCCGUGGCCGCCAGGUCAAUUCCGAAGUUUACGCCAUGGUCGUGCCCGGCUCCGCCCGCAUCAAGGCGGAGGCCGAAGCCGAGGGGCUCGACCAGAUUUUCAAGGACGCCGGUUUCGACUGGCGCAUCGCCGGUUGCUCCAUGUGCCUGGGCAUGAACCCCGACAUCCUGGACCCCGGCCAGCGCUGCGCCUCCACAUCCAACCGCAACUUUGAAGGACGCCAGGGCAAAGGCGGUCGCACCCACCUGGUCAGUCCCGAGAUGGCCGCCGCCGCCGCCAUCGCCGGUCAUUUCGUCGACGUGCGCGACUUUUAG